UCUCAACUACCCCUCUCUCUCUACCUCGACCUCCGUCUCCGCCCCGACAAAAACGAACGGACACGUCUCCAGUUGCCUGCCUCCUUAUCGAUUAGUCCGGACUCCGUGCCGUACAAUCAAUCCCCUCCCCAUCGCACCGCACCCGACCGUUGGUUCUAGAUUCGGCGAUUGGCAUCCUUUCGACCAUCCUCGGAGUAUAGUGAUUUUGCCUCGCUUACUGCUCACGUCCAUCGCAUCUUCGCUCAAUCGACCUCCCCAUCCACCUCCCCAUCCACCACCACCACUCAGCCAACGACCCUCACACGCACAAUGGCCGGCCCGUCCAUCCAGGAUCGCACGGGCGAGUUUCACGCCAUUCUCGGCCAGGCCCAGAAACGCCUAGCCUCCAGCAAAGUCGGCCCUCAGCGCCAGGCCCUCCUGUCCGAUGCGCAGCGCCGACAAGCCAAUGGGUCCGCCGAUGCACAACACCCGGGGAAGCGACGGUCGGAGUUUGCGCGGAGAGCCGUGGAGAUCGGACGCGGGAUCACGGCGACGACCGCCAAGUUGCAACGGCUGGCUGAGUUGGCAAAACGCAAGACACUCUUCGACGACAGACCGGUCGAAAUCUCCGAGUUGACCUAUGUCAUCAAGCAAGAUCUCGCUUCCCUGAACCAACAGAUCGCCUCGUUGCAAGCGCUCACCCUCUCCCAACAUCCGAAGAACACUCGGUCCAAAGCGGACCAGGAAGGCGAGCAUAAUGAUAAUGUGGUCGUGAUGCUGCAAGGGAAACUGGCCGACGUGGGCGCCAACUUCAAGGACGUCCUCGAAGUGCGCACGAAGAACAUCCAAGCGUCGCGCUCGCGCACCGAGAACUUCGUCUCCUCCGUCUCGCAGAAGUCCCACACGGCCCUCGACCCCCAGCGCUCCGACUCCCCGCUCUACAACCCCUCCGGCCGGCGGACGCCCCAGCCCGGCGGCGGCGGCGGCGGCAGCGCGGAUCUUCUGACUCUGGAACCCACGAACCCGUCGCCACUGGGCCGGCCGUCGAUCCACUCGGACCAGCAGCUCCUCGUGAUGGAGGAGGCGCAGACGAACAACGCCUACAUCCAGGGCCGCGGCGAGGCGAUCGAGGCGAUCGAGCGCACCAUCAGCGAGUUGGGCGGGAUCUUCGGGCAGCUGGCCCAGAUGGUCAGCGAGCAGUCGGAGAUGAUCCAGCGCAUCGACGCCAACACGGAGGACGUGGUGGACAAUGUGCAGGGCGCGCAGCGCGAGCUGAUGAAGUACUGGACCCGGGUGUCGGGCAACCGCUGGCUGAUCGCCAAGAUGUUUGGCAUUUUAAUGAUCUUCUUCCUCCUCUGGGUGUUAAUAUCAGGAUAAAGACACCCUUCCCCUUUCCCUCAAACACAAAUCCCUCCCUCUCAACAUAAUGUAUUAAUACCAGGUCCAUGUUCGUGUCUUGCUGUGCCUGAACG